AUGGCGCCGUGGGUAUGGGAGCUGCUGUUCUGGCUGCCGCACGGGACAGACGUGCUCAUCGGAAUUGGCACAUUAUCGCACGUGUGCAUGAACGGCCCCGAGCUUCUCCUUGAGAGCCUCAACAUCCCGCCAUCGCUGGCCAAGGAUAAGGGCUUCCUUAAGUUUUGGACGCUCUUCAAGCUCCUAUACUUCUGCUAUGUGGUGAUGAUCGCAGCUAUCUGCUUCGUGGACCGCGCGACUCGCCUUGUCUUCGCCUUUGCCUGGGUCACCGUGUACUGCGGGAAGGUGCUGGCCAUCUUCGUGUGGGAACAUGACGAGCCCAUGGAGGUGCGCCGGCCAAAGCUGCUGUCGCUGCUGUGUUUCCAGCUCCCCUUCAUGGGGGCUUACAUUGCCGUCCACUGA